AUGGUGGCGGUGGUGGCGGAGUAUGGUGGCAAUCUCGCCCAAUCAUGUGCAGAGGGAAUGACUUCAUUAGGAGGCCUCCACAGAAAGUCCUGUACCCGGGAAUUGCGUUUGCAGCAGGAUUGGAGGCAGAAACGAAGCAGGAAUGAGUCCCGAAUCCCCUCCCCUCCCUCGUUUUUAUCUUGGCGUGUGAUGGAGAGAUCCAAAUCAACAGCUGUCAGUCAGGUGGGCCCCGGGGUGAAGGCCUCCGGCGAUGGGGGAGGAUGCGGAGAAGGGUGGGGGGGACCUGGUGGUAGACGGAGGAGGAGGAGGAGGUGGGUUGGGGUUGGAGAGGACAGGGCCCUGACUGAUGGGGUGAGUGUCAACCGUGGGUUUCUCCACAGGUUUAUCUCAUCAUCACCUGCUGCACUCAGGUGGGUGGAGCCUAA